UCUUUUUAAGGUGGCAUCCAUUAGAUAGUGGCGGUGUAGACGCACGUAGGGUAGUACAAUGAAGGUUUCCACCCAAUAGAAGACGAACCAAACAGUUUUGGGCGCGACGAUUUCAUUUCCCUCUCUCCCUCUCUCUCCUCGAAGAAGAAGAAGAAUGCCACGCAGAGGAAGCGGUUCGCAACGGAAGAAGAGACCAUCGGAAGAUGAAACAAAAUCCCAACACACCGAAGGAUCGUUGACCGAAAUAUCCAAGGGUGCUGUGGGAAAACUGCUACGUCGUGCUAACAAAGGUGGCACUUCUAAGAAAAAGACCACGGUUGAGUUUGAGCCAGUACAAAAUGGAACUCAAGUUGUGGAACCGAUUGUCCCACAAAAAACUUCAGAAGUUGAACAUUGUAGUAGAAAUUCUAUUGGAAAGGAUUCUGCAGAUGAGAAAUGUGGUCAUGUAAGUAUAGACGAGGGCUGCAUUGAUAAAAAGGAAGAACUGGAUGACUCAGAUUGGGAAGAUGGGACAGUUGCCAUGGAUGAUCAUCCUAUGACAAUAGAAUUGAAUGUAACCCCUGAUUCAUCUGUAAAGAAACAAAUACGCCGAGCUUCUGCUGAAGACAAGGAAUUGGCUGAACUUGUGCACAAGGUUCAUUUGCUUUGUUUACUUGCUCGUGGAAGAUUAAUAGACAGGGCUUGUGACGAUCCUCUUAUUCAGGCUUCUCUGCUUUCUCUACUUCCAGCGCACUUGCUCCAGCUAUCAAAUGUCACAAAGCUCACUUCAAAAUCUCUAUGUCCUUUAAUCUCAUGGUUCCAUGAAAAUUUCCAUGCCAAAAACUGUACAAAUGGUGAAAAGUCACCGCACUUUGCUUUGGCAUCAGCUUUAGAAUUACGCGAGGGUAGUCCUGAAGAGAUUGCAGCUUUGUCGGUGGCAUUAUUUAGAGCUUUAAAUCUUACAGCCAGGUUUGUGUCCAUUUUGGAUGUUUCAUCUCUUAAACCAGGUCAAUCUUUUAAACCAAUGGCAAGUGGUUCUAGUAAGGGGAUCUUUGGUACUUCAACACCAAUGGUAUCUAAGCAAAAGUUGGAUUUUAAGUCGCCUAAAAAAUCAUUGUCUUAUGAAAGAGAGAAACUAUGUGAAAGCUCUCUUGGUCAUUCACGGAAAAGUAAGAAACGCACUGCACCAAGCGAAAUGGAUCAGUCUAAAGAUCCUUCUGUUCCUGAAAAUUUGAAUCAUAGUGUGACAAACUCACAAACUUCUGAGGCACAAGAUAACCUCGAAUCACAUAUAACUGACAAAUCUCAUAAAUUAAAGAGGAAAGGGGAUCUUGAAUUUGAGAUGCAGAUGGAAAUGGCUCUUUCUGUUACAGCAGUUGGAUGUUCCAAGAGUAAAGUGGGGUCGGGUGAAAAUACUGAUUCAUCAAAUUCUUCCUGUCCGUUAAAAAGAAUAAAAAGAGUUAUAGUUGAAGAAUCUUCAACCUCCCCCCAACUAAUUUCUACAGCAGUUGGAUCUAUGAAAGUAGGAUCUCCUUUGUAUUGGGCAGAAGUAUAUUGCAGUGAAGAAAAUUUGACAGGAAAGUGGGUGCAUAUGGAUGCUGUGAAUUUGAUUAUUGAUGGAGAAGACAAGGUUGAAGCCAUGGUUGCUGCAUGCAAAACAUCUCUGAGAUAUGUUGUUGCUUUUGCUGGGCAUGGGGCCAAAGAUGUGACCCGCAGGUACUGUAUGAAGUGGUACAAGAUAGCAUCACAGCGAGUUAAUUCAACAUGGUGGGAAUCAGUGUUAGCACCACUGAGAAACUUAGAGUCUGGAGCAACUGGAGGUGUGGUUCAUUCGAGAACAAACCAAAUCAGUGCUACAGAAGCAAACAUGAAUGAUUCUUUUGUUCCUACAAGGAGCUCUAUUGAGGACGUUGAGUUAGAAACUAGGGCAUUAACUGAGCCUCUUCCAACCAACCAGCAGGCCUACAAAAACCAUUCACUUUAUGUCAUAGAAAAAUGGCUUACAAAGUAUCAAAUACUUCAUCCAAAGGGUCCGGUUCUGGGGUUUUGUUCAGGUCACCCUGUUUACCCUAGGACUUGUGUGCAAACUGUUAUGACCAAAGAGAGAUGGCUCCGAGAAGGGCUACAAGUGAAACCCAAUGAACAUCCUGCAAAGGAGCUUAAACGAUCCAUUAAGCCUCAGAAAGUACAAGAUUUUGAAGCUGAUGACUAUGACUGCACUACUGAUUCCAAGGAAAAUAUUAAACUUUAUGGGAAGUGGCAACUUGAACCAUUGAAUCUUCCUCACGCAGUGAAUGGAAUAGUUCCUAAGAACGAGCGUGGUCAAGUGGAUGUCUGGUCUGAGAAAUGUCUUCCACCAGGUACAGUGCACUUAAGGUUUCGAAGCGCAUAUUCUGUUGCCAAGAGGCUAGAGAUUGAUUCUGCACCUGCUAUGGUUGGUUUUGAAUUUAAAAAUGGCCGAGCACAUCCCGUCUAUAAUGGUAUUGUCGUGUGUGCCGAGUUCAAGGACAUACUGCUAGAGGCAUUUGCAGAAGAAGACGAAAGAGAAAAAGCUGAAGAAAAGAAAAGGGAUGAAACAGAAGCUCUUCGUAGGUGGUACCAGCUUCUUUCAUCUAUUGUAACUCGUCAAAGGUUAAACAAUCGUUAUAAUAACAGUUUGACACCAGAGGUGUCAAAUGAUGUCCAUUGUGUGAAUGAUAAAGUGUCAAAUGCCACAAUAUUUGGUAGUAGUGACAAGAGUCAGACCCCUAGACACCAUCAGAUAGACAAAUGUGAUACCGAUCUAGAUGUUUCAGUAAGUAUCCCAGUUAAAGACCAUGAGCAUGUUUUUCUGAAAGAGUAUGAGAGCUUUGAUAAGGAGACCUCUUUGUUGACAAAGCGAUGCCAAUGUGGUUUUUCAGUCCAAGUAGAAGAAUUAUAGUGUUCAAAUGAAAUACAUUCAUGUUGAUGCCAUCUGUAUAACUAAUCAGUAGAUGAUGUUAGAGUAUUUUUCCACCCAGUUUUGUAGUCUCUAGAACUCAUAAUCAUUGUUUUAUACUUUUAUUAGAGACUUAGGAUUAGAGAUGGAUUUGGUUAUACAAUUGGAUGUAAGAUAUAAUAUGUUGUGUAUAUAAUCAAAACUACUUUCUCUUU